AUGUUUGAAUCUCUUGUUGCUAACCUUCUUAAUAGGUUUUUGGGAUCGUUUAUUGAAAACUUCGAUCCCAAGCAGUUGAAUAUUGGGAUUUGGAGUGGAGAUGUGAAGUUGAAGAAUUUGCGGUUGAAAAAAGAGUCUCUCGACAAGUUUAAGCUUCCGGUGGAUGUUAAGUUUGGACACUUGGGGGAAUUAACGAUUCUGAUACCAUGGUCGAAUUUGAAGUCCAAACCGGUGAAAAUUACGAUAGAAGAUGUCUAUGUGUUGGCAUCACCCAUAGUUGUCCAAGACUUUGAUCUAGCGGAGGAGGAGAGAAGGGAAUUGCAAGUGAAGAAGGAGAAGCUAGAAGGGUUAAAGGCCAUCGAGGCAGCAGCAGCACAGAAUCGGGAUAUAUCGUCGGACUUGAGUAACAAUGAAUCGUUUACUGAAAGUUUGGUGACCAAAAUAGUAGAUAAUUUACAGGUAACGAUCAAGAAUAUUCACGUUAGAUAUGAAGACGAUUCAGUGUUGACAGAAAACCCAUACUCUGUUGGUUUUAGGUUGACUGAAUUGUCGGCUGUCUCGUCGAACGAAUCGUGGGUCGCAAGCUUCAUUUCAAUCACUCAAGCAUUCACACACAAGUUGUUGACAUUAAAGAAUUUGAGUUGUUACAUGAAUACAGAUUCCGCUACCAUUUUCACCGAAGAUUCUGAGGAACUAUUGAAAAUUUUCAAGGAAUCAGUUUCAAGUGAGACAUUUAUAAAUGAUAUUCAGUACUUGCUUAAACCUAUUUCAGGUGAAGGGAGAUUGACAGUACAUAAAAGAGGAGCGACAGAAACGUCUCCUCACAUUAAAGCUGAGUUAUUUUUCGAUGAAUUUGGAAUUGAUUUAGAUUCCCAACAAUAUAGGGAUAUCCUAUGGACCGCGUCUAAAUUCCAUUGGUACAUUAAAACCCAGAAAUUUAGAAAAUUUAGGCCAAAGAUAGCUGUAGAGAAAGACCCUAAGGAAUGGUUUAGAUACGCAGCUAAAUCUAUAUUGAAUGAAAUUCAUGAAAAGAACUAUAAAUGGAGUUGGGAGUAUUUCGCAACCAGAAGGGAUCAGAGAAAAGCUUAUAUAAAUCUUUGGAAAAUGAAGCAAUUGAGUAAGACAUUGACCUCUGAACAAGAAAAAGAAUUCGAAGAUUUGGAGAUAAAACUACCAUUUGAAGAUAUCAAAUUCUAUAGGUCAUUAGCUAAGACUGAAAUCCGCAAGGAGAAUAAGAAGGUUCUCACAUCUAGCUCUUCAAUUUCUCAAAAGAAAAAUGAACAAAGUGGUGGCUGGCUUUCAUCUUGGUGGGGUGGCUCUAAGCCGGUUGAAGAUAGUACCCCAGAGACAGAUUCAAACGCGGACUUACAAUUAAGCGAAGAUCAACGAAAAGCGUUAUAUGAAGCCAUAGAAUAUGACGAGAAUCAAGCAUUAGUGGAUUCAAUUGAUAUGCCUAGAGAUAGAGUCAAAGUUGAGCUCUUAACGUCGUUAAAGAAAGGUGGUAUUUCCAUAAGACAGAAGAAACAUGAGCCUAAUCUAGCGGAGGUUAUUUUCGAAGGAUUUGCAACUCAAAUAUAUCAAAGACAGGAUUCUUUUUUGGUUAAUUUGCAGUUGCAGGAAUUUAGAGUUGAAGAUGGUACGAAGACCACGUUAUAUAAACACAUUGUUAGUGUGAAGCAAGAACAUUCUCAUUUGCAUAAUGAGGACCUGGAAACAGAUGUGUCAUCGACGGCGUUAACUACUAGCGAUCCAUUUUUUAAGGUUUCUUUUGAGCAUAAUCCGCUAGAUGAAAGUGCCGACUCCAUGCUAUUAGGUAAAUUAAAAUCUAUGACAAUUUUCUAUAAUCCACACUUCAUAGAGGAGAUUAUUAAAUUCUUUACGCCUCCAAAGGUUCAUCUUGAUACUAUUGGUGCUGUUAUGAUUGCAGCGGAAGCAACAAUGGAGGGAUUAACUUCACAAACACGUAUAGGGCUUCAAUAUGCGUUAGAAGAACAUAAGACUAUUAAUGUAAAGUUAGAUUUACAAGCACCUCUAAUUAUAUUACCAUUAGAUCCUACAAGUUGGAAGUCUCCUGUGGCAAUCUUAGAUGCGGGUCAUAUCAGUGUUGUAAGUAAUUUAGUUGAAAAAUCUAAGAUCGAAGAAAUAAAAUCCAAAGAAAGAUAUACAUCUGAUGAUUGGGAUCAAUUGAAGAACUUGAUGUAUGACCAGUUUAACCUUCAUUUACAAGAUGCACAAUUCUUGGUUGGUCCUAAUAUUAAGUCGACGAUGGAACAGUUACAUACUGACGAUAAAAAUAAGUCAGCUUUGAUUUUAGAUAAAUUGAAUCUUAAAUUAUUAUUGGGAAUAUCAAUUCUUCCCGAUGCAUACAAUUUGGCUAAAAUUAAAGUAGGCGGGGAAGUAACGAAGUUUGAUGUCGCAAUAAAUGAUUUUCAGUAUAAGACAAUAAUGAAAAUUAUCGAUAAAGCUAUACCAAAUCUUGAUACGACUGAUUUUGACGAUUCAAGCAUAUUCAAUGCGUACGGCAAUAACAAAGAAACAGGGAUAGAAAUAGAUGAUACGGAAACGUCUUCAAUUAUAUCGAGUAAAGCUACGAAAGAUCUGAAGACAGAGUCUAUUCAAGAAAAACUAUUUGAAUUUGAUUUUAAGGUUGAUGUCGUUCACAUUUCGUUAUCUAGAUGUAUCAAUGGUAUUAGUUUAGAAACUGAGCCACUUGUCGAUUUAGUAGGCGAUUCGCUAAAAUUAGUUUUCUCCAAAACUUCUAACGAUAUGCAUCUUGAUUUGGCUCUUACUGAUAUAAACUUAAUUGAUCAUAUUGAGAAGUCAGGAGUUCCAGAAUUUGAAGCAUUGAUUUCAUCCAAUAAAUUUGCUGAAAUUGAUAACCAGAAAGAAAAGAAAAAGGAUUUGUUCAAAUUAGACUAUCUGAGAACUCAAAGAGUCGUUGAACAUAACGGAAAAGAAAUAGAAGUUUUUGACCAGGACAUCAUUGUUGAUAUUGCCACAGUUAAGUUUGUUGUCAGCCGUAAAUCGAUUUUGAGUCUUCUUAAUUUUAUUUUAAAUACAUUUACCGAUCCAAAUGAACCACCUAAUGAGGCCGAUGAAAUAAAACAUAAUAACUCUGAUGAUGCUGAUACAUCUCCACAAAAGAUUAAUGUUGUUGUUAAUUUGGAGAGUAUUAUUAUGGUUUUGAAUGAAGACGGAUUAAAAUUAGCUACUUUGCAAUUAAGUACGGCUAGUAUUAACGUCUUCUUACUACCAGAAGAAUUAGAAGUCCAAGGUAGACUUGGGGCUUUAAGUUUGCACGAUGAAGUUAAUCAAGGUUCUGCGAGGGAUUCAAUUUUACGUCGUUUGAUAAGCAUCGAAGGCAACAACUUGGCCGAAUUUACUUACAAGACCUUUGAUAAAGAAACAAAUUGUAAUCCAUAUAACACUCUAAUUGAAUUCAAAACCGGUUCAGCAAGGAUUAAUUUUGUUGAGGAAGCAUUUGGUAAAAUAUUCAAUUACUUAAGUCAAUUCCAAAGGAUGAAAGCCAUUUAUGACCAAACUCGAGAGGCAGCGAUUAAUCAAGCAAGUCAAAUCGAAGGAGCAAACAAAAUAAGAUUCAAUUUCUUAGUUCAGGCUCCUAUAAUCGUUUUUCCAAAACUUGUCGAUAGUCCUAAAAACAAGUAUGAUAACAUGACUGUUCAUCUAGGUGAAUUAUAUGCCUCCAAUGAGUUUCUUAAAGUCGAAAAUGAUUCGACAAUUCAGAAUGUGAUCAUAGCUGGUAUUCGCAAAAUUAGUCUCAAAUCACAGUUUCAUUUCGAUGAAGGGGUUGAACAGCAAUCAGAACUUGUAAAUGACUUAGAUAUUAGUUUCAAAGUUGACUACUCUGAAGUAUAUGUUGAAUCGAAGCCCACAUUUGUCGUAACAGGAAAAAUGCCAGAGAUUGAUGUACAUUUGACAGAAUUACAGUUGCAAUAUUUGACCGAGCUUUCUGAAUCAGUCGGGAGGGCGCUCAAUAUUUCUGAUGUUGGUGACCUGUUCGAUGAUAUAGAAGCGGAUGCUGUUAACGCUAAUGCUGUUGCCAAAUAUGAUAAUCAAGGAAAUAAUUCAGAGGAUACGACUCAAGGAACAUCGGUUAUUAAGGAUGAGAAACAAGCACCUCCAAGUAAACAUAAAAAAUUAAUUGCCAGUUUUGAUGUACCUAGGUUAUCAUUAACCUUAUAUAACAGAACUUCCGGAAUUUCAAAUUAUGAAUCAACCAAAAUUUCGUCCUUUUCUUUGAAUGGCCUGUCUUUCACGUUGGAUAUGACUGAAGAUUCUCACUUUGUAUCUGAUAUGAAUGUGAAGUCAUUCGUUGUUAUGGACGUUAGAGAGGGAACUAGUAAUAAGUUCCCGGAAAUCAUUCCUCUGGUAAGUCAUGAUACUAAUCAGUUUGUUCUCAAGGCAUCAACAGAUGGUAAGUCCAAUAGUAAACAUAUCACCGUCAUGUUAACAGUAGAUAAUCCUAAAACGAUUCUAGCUCUUGAUUAUAUUUUUGAAUUACAAUCCUUUAUUAAUAAUGGUCUGGCAAGAGAAGGGCAGAUAAGCCAGGAAGAGGAUGAAGAUGAAGAUGAAGAUGAAGAUGAAGAUGAAGAAGAGGAUGGAGUAACUGAUAGCCAAAGCGAAGAUGAAUCUGGUGCAAAAAUGUUAAAAUCAAGGGGAGAAGAAAUAGAGGAGACAAGUAGUUCUCAAUCUAUUGGGUUUUCCAUAAAUAUUACAGAACCAUCUGUGAUAUUACUUGCCGACUCGACGAAGGAAAAUACUGAAGCAAUUGUAUUCAAAGUAGAACAAAUAUUGAUCACCAGUCAAAAUGUAAUGUCUCUUGCAGCAAAUAAUAUUGGCAUGUUUUUGUGUACUAUGGAUUCAUUUGAUGACAAGAGGUUAAGAAUUAUUGAUGACUUUUCUAUUUCGUUUGCUCAUGACUCUAGAGGUUCAACCAAGACAAGUUUUCUUACUAAUAUAGAAGCAUCAAUUGAGCCUAUGCUUAUGAGACUAUCAUUGAGAGAUAUAAGACUUGCAUUGAAUAUAUUCAACAGAGCAACAGAAUUAUAUAAUGAGGCACAUGGAAAUACCAUCACUAACCUCGAUAAUGAAGAAUACAACUUUUCAGAAGAGUUUAAAAAGAGAUUGUCACAGUAUGCACCUUCAAUAUUAUCAAAUAUGACGAAGAAAAGUGGACCAAUAAAUAAAGAUAAAGGCGACUCUCAAGUGAUUGUCAAAGGCGAAGAACUUAAUGCCUCUAUUGGAGGUUUGAGGUUUGUAUUGAUUGGAGAUAUUCAUGAAUUACCUGUACUUGACAUGAACAUAAAGCCGUUCGAUAUUAAAGCUAUCAAUUGGUCUACGGAUCUUAGUGCCGAAACACAUAUUGAAUCUUUUAUUAAUAUUUAUAAUUACUCCAGAUCGACGUGGGAACCUUUGAUUGAACCAUGGCCUAUUUCGGUUUAUGCAUCUAAGAAAAUAUCACCGACUACAAGCAUAAUGAUUGAUGUCGUUUCUAGACAGUUGGCAGAAGCUAACAUAUCCUCUCGUUCUAUUGCAUUACUAUCACAAGUUUUUUCAUUAAUAACGACCGAAGAGCAAUUAAAGUCAAGAGGAGAAGAUGAUCCAUAUCGUAUUGUUAAUGAAACAGGCUAUGAUAUAGAAGUAUGGAAUAAUCAGAAUGAUGGAACUGUAAAAGACAAAACGUUGAUAAAAUUAAAUGAGAAGGUUCCCUGGUCAUUUGAAGAUUGGCGGGAUAUUCGGGAGAAUCUCGAUUCUGACAGUAAACUGGGUGUCCUUGGAAUAAGUCUUUUGGGAUCACAGUAUAAUGAUGUUACUGGAAUAUCUGCUGUUGGAGAAGGAGAGUUCCUUUUCGUUUUAUAUCCAGCAAUUGAAGGAGUUCAUAACAGGUUAUCAUGCCAAAUAACUUUAGGAGAAGAUAACGUAAAAACAAUUUGGUUAAGAUCUACCGUCAAAAUUCAAAACGAUGCAGAUGUUCCAAUAGCCAUAAAAGUGUUUGGCAUGUCGGAUACUACAGAAGAAAUAGUCGUCAAAUCAAAAAUGACAGGAUCUUUGCCAAUUGACUGUGUUUAUACGGGCUCAUUCAGGAUAAGACCACACAUUGAUACAGAAUAUAACUGGUCAGAGCAGGAGUUACAUUGGAGAGAUCAGUUGAAUGGUAGUACUCCACUAUGUUGCUCUGCUGCGAACAGAAACGAUAAAUCUUCUUAUUACUUUCAUACAGAAGUUCAAUCUGAUCCUGAAGAACCACUUGCUAGAAUUUAUCCACACAUGAAAUUCAUUAUAUCAGCACCAGUAGAAAUUGAGAAUUUGCUACCAUUUGAUCUUGAUUAUAGAUUGUACGAUAAAAAUGCGAAGAAGGAUUGGAAUGGAUGUAUUCCUAAAGGUGUUAAAAGCUAUGUACAUGUGGUGAGUUUGGAAAGUCUUUUAUUACUUAGUGUGGAACCAAAAGAUUGUGGAUUUGAAAAAUCAGAGUUUGCAAUCAUCAAUACCAUUUCUAAAGGCGAAUUUAAGCGUGAAUCUACGAUGACCUUGAGGCAUAAAAAUGGACAAUUGUUGAAGCUCCGGAUAUAUUAUCCAAGAAAGAAAUCGACGAGUACUAGUUUAAAAGUUGUCGUUUAUUCGCCAUAUGUCAUCCUUAACAGAACGAACCAGAAUAUCAUUGUCAGUGAGAAAGGUAAUAUGAUGCUAUCCAAUAGUAAAUCUUUUAAACCCACAGUUCCUAGUAUGUUUUCAUUUGAUAAACAUGGAGACACAAGUAAUAGAGCAUUGCUUAAGGUAAAUGACUCAAGCUGGACAUCACCUUUGAGUUUUGAUGCAAUCGGACAAACUAGUGCUGCGAAAGUACAAGUCAAUGGCAAGCAAACUGAAAUGAAUGUUGGCAUAUCAAUUACAGAAGGCGAGGGAAAAUAUAAGUUAUCUAAAGUCAUUACUAUUGCUCCAAGAUAUAUAUUUCGCAAUUGUCUAGACGAAUCACUAGAAAUUGUGGAAAACGGAUCUACUAAGCAAACUGUUGUUGCUCCAAAUGAACUUAUUCCGUUGUAUGGUUUGCGUCGUAUUGAUCAAAAAAGUUUACUGAUGAAGUUUUCUCAUGCAUCCAAAACUUGGUCUUCGCCAUUCUCCCUCGACGAUGUGGGCCAACUAUUCAUAAAAGUUUAUAAAGAAAAUGUUGGCCAAGUUUUGCUUAAAGUUAACAUCCUAUUGGAAAAUGCUACGAUUUUUAUUCAAGUAGAAAAUGCCAAUAACAAUUGGCCAUAUUCAAUCCGUAAUUUUAGUGAUUCCGAAUUUUACAUUUGUCAAAAUGACCCGAAUAUUAACGAAAAUGGGGAUGUUGUAAAGCAUGAUACACAAUACAAGCCAAUAUUUUAUAAAGUUCCACCGAAGAGUGUAAUGCCUUAUGCCUAUGAUUACCCGAAUGCAAUCAUUAAAGAGUUGAUAAUUAGAUCACACGGCCGUGAAAGAGCUGUCAAUUUAGCUGAGAUCGGAAACUUAAAGCCGUUUAGAUUACCACCUACACAAGACUAUGAACAGGCUAUUGUUGAUUUGAACGUUGUGGCAGAUGGUCCUACUCAAUCCUUAAUUAUCUCGAAUUAUGAUCCUUCUGUUAGUUUAUACAAAUUGAAGAAUCAAUCACAGUCUAGUGCAAGUAUUUCUCAACAAAACUUUGAAACUACUGAGAAUGAUGAGAAUUACCAUACUCGUAUAAUAACUAGAUUUGAAGGGCUAGGCAUUUCUUUGGUCAAUACAAGAGCACAGGAAUUAUGUUACAUUUCAUUAAGAGGAAUUGAAUUGCGUUACAACGAAUCAGACUUAUACCAGAACUUCAGUAUGAAAUUGAAAUGGAUACAAAUUGAUAACCAACUAUAUGGCGGCUUCUUCCCAAUUAUUUUAUAUCCAAGUGUUGUACCAAAAUCUGGAAAGGAAAUGAAUAACCACCCGUCAUUUUCUGCUUCUAUAUGUAAAGUUAAAGACGAUUCACAUGGUGUCUUAUUUAUUAAGUAUGCUACAAUUCUCCUACAAGAAAUGUCAGUUGAAAUUGACGAAGAUUUCCUUUUUGCAUUGCUUGAUUUUGCUCGUUUCCCAGGAGCUAGUUGGAAUAAAGAACAACAGGAUAAAUUGUGUGAGGCUACUGUGGAAUUACCUGAACCAGUGAGUUUGUCUAAUAGCAGUGAUAUAUAUUUCGAGGCAUUGCAUUUACAACCUACUUUGACUCAUUUAUCUUUUGUUAGAACAGAAAGAGUUAAUGCUGAAGAUAGAACUACGUCACUGAAUACAUUGAUGUUUUUCUUCAAUGUUCUUACAAUGGCAAUUGGGAACAUUAAUGACGCUCCAAUUAAAUUGAAUGCCUUAUUUAUUGAAAACAUUAGAAUUCCAAUGCCUAUUUUAGUAGAAGCAGUUCAGACUCACUACGGUCAAUCUUUUUUUUACCAAGUUCAUAAGAUAUUGGGAUCGGCUGAUUUCUUAGGAAAUCCGGUUGGUUUAUUUAAUAAUUUAUCAUCUGGUGUUCUAGAUAUAUUCUAUGAACCAUAUCAAGGAUUUAUCAUUAACGACCGUCCACAGGAGCUAGGCAUCGACAUCGCUAAAGGUGGCUUGAGUUUCUUGAAGAAAUCUAUAUUUGGUUUUUCAGAUUCUUUUGCAAAAGUUACUGGAUCAUUAGCCAAAGGGUUAUCAGUUGCAACGCUAGAUAAAAAUUUCCAAGAACGUCGUCGUCUUAGUCAACGUAGGAAUAAGCCAAAACAUGCUUUAUAUGGUUUUGCAACAGGUGCUAAUUCAUUUUUUGAUUCUAUAUCCUCUGGUUUAACUGGUAUUGCAACAGCACCAAUUGAAGGUGCUAACAAGAAUGGCGCAUCGGGAUUCUUCAGAGGACUAGGUAAAGGUGUUGUUGGAUUACCCACCAAAACAGCUAUUGGAUUUUUUGACUUAGCAUCCAAUGUAAGUGAGGGUAUCCGUAAUACAACAACAGUCUUCGAUGCUGAAGGCUUGGAUAAAGUUAGGUUACCUCGUUAUAUUUCCCAUGAUCAAGUCAUCAGACCCUACGAACAAAGAGAAGCGCAAGGACAGUUCUGGCUUAUGUCUAUUGAUGGUGGAACCCUAUAUAACGAGAAAUAUUUGGCACAUUUGCUUCUUCCAGGUGAAGAAAAUGCAAUAAUUGUAACGUUCAAAAAGAUAAUCUUAUUUCAAGUAAAUGCAUUGAGGUCUAAAUGGAUUAUUCCUUUGGAGCAAGUGAAAUCAAUUUCAAAUGAACCAACAGGCAUCAGUAUUACCUUGAAGAAAAAGGAAGGUCCGUUUAUUCCAAUUCCUGAAAGAGCCAAUCGAUCAUUCUUAUAUAAUCGCAUUGGUGUAGCUGUUGGAGAAUUCAACAAGCAUUGCCAAGUAGUUUUAUGA